AUGGGUACCAGAAAGCGGACAUCCAAGAGAGGGUCUACUCGUAUGAGAGAGGGUAUAAAGAAGAAAGCUGCGGCCCAUAGACGUAAGGAAAGGAAGAAUGCUAAGAAAGACCCAACUUGGAAAUCAAGAGUCAAGAAAGAUCCUGGUAUUCCAGCAAACUUUCCAUAUAAGGCUAGAAUUCUAGAAGAGAUUGAGAUGUCAAAACAACAAGCACUAGAAGAGAAAGAACUGCUAAAACAACAGAAAUUGGAGGCUAAAAGGUUGGCUAUGGAGCAAGGGGAAGAUGUCAUGGAUGAGGAGAUGGAAGAUGAUGGAAAUGGAUUGGCCGCUCUAGUUGAGUCUGCUCAAAAUGCAGCUGCAGAGUAUGAAGGCGCAGAUGUUGAAAAUGGCGAGGAUUUCCAGGAAGUGGUUGAACACGAUAUAGACUUUUACAGUGGAAGUGGUGAGGAUGAUUCAGAAUUGGAAAAGUCCAGAAAGGCUUACGACAAGAUAUUCAAGACUGUUGUAGAUGCGUCAGAUGUCAUUCUUUAUGUGUUGGAUGCCAGAGAUCCUGAAGGCACUCGUUCCAGGCAAGUUGAGGAAGCUGUCUUGCAAAGUCAGGGCAAGAGAUUAACUCUUAUCUUGAACAAAGUGGAUCUAGUUCCUCCACAUGUCCUGGAACAAUGGUUGAACGUGCUGAAGUCCAGUUUCCCAACUAUUCCAUUGAGAUCUGCACCAGGAGCUACUACCAGCACUUCCUUUAACAAAAAACUAACACAAACUGUUACUGCAAGUGCCCUUUUAGAGGCAUUGAAGACAUAUUCCAAUAACAGUAAUUUGAAAAGAUCUAUCGUUGUCGGUGUUAUUGGUUAUCCAAACGUGGGUAAAUCCUCAGUGAUCAACUCUUUACUAUCUCACCGUGGCGGUCACUCGAAGGCUUGCCCUGUCGGUAAUCAGGCAGGUGUAACUACUUCUCUAAGAGAAAUCAAAGUGGACAACAAGUUAAAGAUUCUGGAUUCUCCAGGUAUCUGUUUCCCCAGUGAAAGUAAGAGAAGAACAAAGGCCGAACAGGAAGCCGAAUUGGCUCUACUGAAUGCCCUACCUCCAAAAUAUAUCAUAGACCCAUAUCCAUCAAUCCUGAUGUUAGUCAAGCGAUUGGCAAAAUCUGAUGAAAUGGUGGAGAGUUUUAAGAGACUAUACGAGUUGCCUUCGAUCCCAGCUGACGACCCUGACACUUUCACCAAGCAUUUCCUAAUUCACGUCGCUCGUAAAAGGGGUAGACUAGGGAAAGGUGGUGUGCCCAAUUUGGCCAGUGCAGGUUUGUCUGUGCUAAAUGACUGGAGGGACGGUAAGAUCAUGGGCUGGGUCUUACCUAAAGCCUCGAAGGAUGCUGGCACAGCACCGCAGACUUUAAGCACGGGUGUUACUCAGGAACCUGCCAAGUCGGAGGGAACCUCCAUUGUAUCACAAUGGUCGAAAGAAUUCGAUUUGGAUGGAUUGUUUGCCACUUUGGAUAACGCGAUCACCGCAGAAAAGGAGCAGAACCAAACCAUGUAA